GGGAAGCUGGAGGACUUCUGGCUGUCAUGUGUCCCUAGGGGGAGGGAAAGUGUUCAUUCGUGUCACCAACCACCGAGGUAACAUACAGCAACACAUUUUUUCUCUCUCUACUGUAACAGGAUUGACAGAUCUACUGUAUUCUUUCGAGACGGCGGGCAAGUUUUUUUUUCUCUUUUGGCAGAAACACACUAGGACGAUGUGAUUUUUUUUCCAUUCCUGAUUGCAGUCAGUGAUGGACAACUCGAUAACAUUGUGGCAGUUUCUACGGCAACUCCUGGACGAGAACAAGAACGAUCUCAUUUGUUGGACAUCUAAGGAUGGCGAGUUUAAGCUACGCAAUGCUGAGGAGGUAGCGCGGCUAUGGGGCAUGCGAAAGAAUAAGACCAACAUGAACUAUGAUAAGCUGAGCCGAGCACUCCGAUAUUACUAUGACAAGAAUAUCAUUAAGAAGGUGAACGGGCAGAAGUUUGUUUAUAAGUUUGUGUCUAUGCCAGACAGCCUGGUGAUGGAACCAGAAAAGUGUGAUGCCUCCGACUGUGAGUGGGCAAUAUCCAGGCCGAAGGACGAAGGCCUUUCUCUGCAGAGGCAGCUGAAGCCCACCACCAGAGUUUCAUCCCGGAAUGAAUACAUGCGCUCUGGCCUCUACUCGACCUUCACCAUCCAGUCACUGCAAAGCAACAACCACCGAUCCCGGGAUCAGGCCAACGACUCCCCUCCCGGAACCGUGGAGCUGCCAAUCCUCGACGGGAAAGUCCAGGUUCUCGAGAGGCCUCCUGAGGAGCCUGAGGUUCAAUGCCAAGGCGAGGAGCAACAGCUGCAAGAUGGCGGUGAGGUCUCUAUGGAAACAGGUGGAGAGAGCCCCUUCCAGGGAGAUUUCAAGGUGAAGGAAGAGACGAUUGAGGAGUUGGAAUGUGAUAUCCUUGAUACCAAACCUGCUGAUGAUGAUGUCGCUCAGGUGUCCAGCCCAGGUCAGAAGAAGGUAGAAAACAUUGGUAACCUUCAGCCAGCAAAAACCAAGAAGCCAAAGGAUCUGGAGCUGCCAGCUACGCUCCUCAUUGCCCAGAACAGUCCCCCUCCAGAUAAAAGCAACGCUGGUGUUGUGAAUACAGUGGUGUUUCCUGCCUCUAGUGCUGUCACUCCAACACUGAUUACCCAGCAUGUUCAGACCCCAAUAAUACUAACACCGAGUGCUUUACCAUCUGCCAUUCACUUCUGGAGCACACUUAGUCCAAUAGCACCAAUGAGCCCAGCCAAACUCUCAUUUCAGUUUCCUUCAGCGGGGAACACGCAGAUCCACAUUCCCGUUGCUUCCAUGGAUGGAUUAUCCACACCAGUACUUUCAUCAUCAGCACUGCAGAAACCCUGAGCCCAGCACAGAAAAAAAGGCAAUGAUGUAUUUCCAAGUGUCGACCGUGGGUGGACUGGAUAUAUUCUAUUCGAAGCGGCCUCGAGGGCGAUGAGUUGUCAGGAUGGAUUGUACAGACUCUGCUGUCCAGACCCAAUUCCUUUUCAGAACAGAUCUCUUCACGACUGAUUGAUGGAAGUAGACAGAUGAGUGACCCAUUUCAUUGUCAGGAGAUGUUGUCAGUGCAGGGUGGGGGCUCUAUCAGGCUCAAAGGCCUGGGUUGCGUGCCCAAACAUGCUCGUGCCUCAGCUGGAGUUGGCACUGUUGCAUUGUGCUGCCAAAGCCGUAUUUCACAGUGUGAGGGUGGCCAUUCAAUUCUCAGCUGGCAUGUGUGUGUCUCAGCUUUGGACCCUACAACACACACACUCACUCACUCACUGACACACACACAAACACACUCACUCACUUUAGAAAAUUAGGCAAGGACUCAAAAGGGGGCAUUAUAAUAACCAUGUUACAUUAACUGUCCAGAGGAUUGAUGAUGAAGAGUCAAACUUAAGGAAAAUGGAAUUGAGCAGAUGCAAGUGAAAGAGAAAUACUGAUGCUGUGUAAGCGGGACAGUGGGGGGGAUGAGGUUGGUGGGACAAAUGAUAGAGGAGUGGACUUAAUAGGCUGAAUGGUCUGCUACAGAGCAGUGACACUCUAACAUUGUCCAGUUUUCCAAUGCAUUCUUGCUGCUUAUAGAACAAGUGACAUUGUUCUAUACCAAUUGUGGAAGAGGAAUUCUUUCUUUAUUAUGGAGACACGUCAUUAGUUGACAUCACCACAUUUGGUGGUAAAGUGGACGAGUGCAUAAAACAAGAGCCAAGGAUUCAAAAACCCAUUUGGUCCAACAAACCCUUCAGUCAAUUAGCUAGGCCCCUAGAAUCCAGCUACAAAGGAUGUCCCCAGUGUAUAAGAUUCCAUUAUCUUAUGUAAGCAUUGAUGACCUGGAUAAUUACUCCUUUGAGUAAAUAUAAAAUUUAUGCCCUAUUAGCCAUUUACUUUGACUUGCCAUUCCGUGCUCACUGUAUAAUGCAUUUCGAUAUUUUGGACUUGGUCAGUUCAGUUGGCUGGACAGCUAGUGAGAGAUGCCAACACCAUGGUUUCAAUUCCCGCACCAACUGUCCUCUGAAAUUUGUAUCUCACUUUGUACCCUCAGAGGGGCACCACCACAGCCCCUCCCACUCCCCUGAGCUUGCUGGAUUUGGGUUGGUCCAAUACUGAGCCUAGAAAUGCUUUUGCCAAGUCAGAAAGACUGCCUAGCCACAAGGGGGCAGGGUCUUGGAGUGUGUGUGGUUUUGGGUAGCAACAGCAUUUUGUGUUGUUUUUCUCUGUGAAGUCAGUAGGGAGCGCUCCCAUGCUUUCCCUGCAAAAACAUAAUUUUAACAGUACCCACUUUGAAGGGGUCUGUGCCAUCAGAUGGGCUAUUCAGGAAUGCGUGCGGCACAAAAGUUGCUCAUUGUGUCACUGUGGGCGAUGGGACACCAGAUUGCACGUUAGAAGUGCCCACUACCCACCUUCCAGCUUGUCUUUCUCUCCCUUCUGUGCUGGCCUCUGAAGUAGUGACUCCUGAAACCAGAAGACAAUGCCAAGAACAUGGAUGGCAUGACAAUCGGUGUACCCGGACUCUCGGAGCAACAGCUGCAUAGUUUAGAGGGAACAUUACCCACUGUCUCAAGGAGGUGAAGGCUUUGGUGUUUGAAGAUGGCUGCAGCAGCACCCCCCACCUCAAUCUCAGUGUGUACAAAAUAUGAGCGAUGAACCUCUACGCCGCAAGAUCUGGAAUGCGCGGCCUUAGAGUUUGUUGGAGCAGGAUCAACCCAAGGCUUUUCAAAAGGGAAUUAGAUAACUAACUGACGAGAAAAAAAUUGCAGGGCAUUAUGGGGAGAAAAGUGUAGGUGAGGUGCUCCUGCAAACUGGGUGCUAGCACAAUGCAAUGAGCCAAAUGGCAUCCCAUUCACGAUUCAGUGAUUCUAUUGCUAAUUUGGCUGCACAAAAAGUGGCCCGAAUCCAUUCCUUCUGGGGAAAGUGAGGACUGCAGAUGCUGGAGAAAUCAGAGUCAAAGAGGGUGGCGCUGGAAAAGCACUGCCAGUCAGGCAGUAUCCGAGGAGCAAGAGGGUCGACAUUUCAGGCUUAAGCCUGCUCCUCAGAUGCUGCCUGACCAGCUGUGCUUUUCCAGCGCCACCCUCUUUGACUCAAACUGUUUCCUUGGCAAGCCAAUCAACCAAUAGCAGCAAGCUGUUGGUCUAUUGUGAGGUGGAAUUCUUCACGUGAG